GCCAAGCCUGGGGUAAAGUGCCCACCCUCGCCCCAAACAGUGAGGGAUUCCUGCCACUGGUUACUGUGGCAAUCAGAUGGGUGGAAACGUGGUCCAGUGUCAGUGCCUUGAACCAACAUUUAUUGUUCUAAACAUUCACCUUGACAUCCCUCACUGAUCUCGGCCCACCAGGAUGAAGCAGAUUGCAUUGGAACAUGGGUAUCCAUGGAUUGACGUCCUACAUUGGAGAAAAUCAUCAUUUUUUUAAUAAUAUAAAAUUACAAAAUACAAGAAUUGUGAUUGAUGGUAAUAACUUAUUUCACAGACUUUACUUUGACUCUGGUUUGGAUCUUAAGUAUGGAGGUGAAUACGAUUCAUUUACAGAUACCAUCUAUAAAUUCUUUGAAGCUCUAUUACUCUGUAAUAUUUCACCAUAUGUGGUUUUCGAUGGUGGAUGCGACUGCUCUGAUAAAAAAUUUGAAACUAUCAAACAACGUGCCAAGGACAAUAUCCUCAAGGCACACACAAUUUCAAGAGGUGGAAGAGGGACUGUGUUGCCACUACUUGCUCCAGAAGUUUUUAAACAAGUUUUAAUGCAGUUGCAAGUACCAUUUGUCCAGUGUCAUUCUGAAGCAGACCGUGACAUUGUCACUCUUGCUAAUCAAUGGAACUGCCCUGUCCUAACACUGGAUAGUGACUUCUGUAUCUUCGAGUUAAAGGCUGGUUAUUGUCCACUCAAUUAUUUCAAGUGGAAAAAUAUAACUGGUCUUAAAGAUCAUUCUGAUUUCUAUAUUUCGGCCCAGUGUUUCUCAAUAGAAAAUUUCUGCAACCAUUUUAAUCACCUGAACAAAGCUCUCCUUCCACUCUUCGCAGUGUUGAAUGGUAAUGAUUAUAUUAAUCUUCCUUUUUUGGAGAACCUUUUCACCAGAGUGCGUUUCCAUGCAAGGACGUCUUCAGCAGGAAGGAAGAACACACGUAUUCAAGGGCUCCUGAACUGGCUGGCUGAGUUUUCUGAGCCAAAAGAUGCAAUAGAAAACAUUCUGAAGCACCUCAAGCAAAGUGAACUCGAGAAGGUCCGAGCAGUUCUGUAUUAUCAUAUGGAUGAAUACAUUCAGUCGGAGGUGGAUCUUGCAAUGUACUUUCAUAACAAGGAGAUAAGGCCCCAUGUUCCCACUGUGUUGGCAAACAAAGCCCCAGAAUGGAUGUUAGUUGCCCUGUUGAAAGGAGAGUUGGCUCCAUUUCUGAGUGACUGCUUGACCUUGAGAAGAACGUUCCUACAUGCUCAGGUGGAAAACAACCGCAGGAGCAGCAGUCACAGGUGCUCAUUGUACAUUCGCCAGGUUAUUUAUGGAUUGCUAAUUUCCGAGGAGACUUUUCCUGAUGCAACAUUGGGUUUAUCUGCUAAAUUACCAGGAAAGGCCAGCCUUAGUACUGAAGAAUUCGGAAAAGUGCAUUAUGUGCAAGAAUAUGAUAGGCAUGAGCAGACCUUAAGAAAAAACAACAUUCAAGCAGUAGGGAAAAGUUUCAACUCCGUCAAAAUACAUUCACUGCAAAGACUACCAGAAAUUUCUAUCCUGGAUAGAACCCAUUUUUUUUUGGAGACCCUGAAAGUGAAUGCUGAUGUGCACGCUUUGCCAGUCAACCUUCAUUUAACAGUUUAUAUUACCUGCUACUGGAUAGCUCAGGCUGAACCCAAAGUGACAUUGCACCAUCUCCAGGCUCUACUGCUUUGUAUUGUAACUGGAGAAUUACAUAAACUAAUACACAAACCUGGGAACGAGAACUCCACCGAGAAUGGCAGUGAAAUGGUGUAUGAAAGACUUUCCCAGCUGAGACAAAAAGAGCAGCAAAUGGGAAAUCUGAAUGUAGAUGUAGCUCACGUCUUCUGUCAAUGGCAGAGUUGUCUUUUAAUGGGAAUCUAUUUAAAUCAGCUCUUGUGCUGUCCUCUUCCAACACCAGAUAUUACACGGCUCUACAGUGGAACUUUAAUUCAUCAUUUCUACCAAGAGCUGAAAUCAAUGGCUUCCACAGAGAAUCUACUGGAAGGUUCCCUGGCUGCAGAUGAAAUGUACUCCCAGCUCCUACAUGCAGUGACUGCCACAGUACCAACAGAUUUCUUUAGUAUGGGGAAAAAAUCCAAGUCUCGUGGCAAGUUGAAGAAAAAACAAACUAUUGUGACAUCAACAGACAAAGGUUAUCAAGGGCUCCCUUUGGGAAAUGAUGCAAAUAGAUUUGCAACCUUGCCAAAUGAGAACUGUGCCUAAACCUCAUUAAUGCUGUACUAUUUUGACAUCUGCACCAAAAUCUUUGGAUUCUACAGACUGCUAUUUGCCAUUUUCAAUCGUUAAUUUUUUGUAGACAAGUGAUCAUCUAUACAAUUUUUGAAUGGGAAAUAUUUUAUAAAUGUAACUAUUAAAUUAGCAGUGUUUGGUUGUUCAUCCGUUAAUGCUUUUAUGAGGAACUUUAACAAAAACAGCACGUAUAUGAAUGCAUUGUUAUUGAAACAUAGGUUUCCAAAUAAAUAUUUUAAACUAUCCAAACUAAACUUGUCUGGGACACAAAUCAAACUGUUGAACCCGCUUUUUGGAAAUUAAUAAAACAUUUUGGCUGUA